AUGUCAGAGUCGACAGCAUGGAGGAGUGCAGCACUGAGGGCCGUUGUGUUCGCGGCCCUGCUAGCGCUGGGGUCUGGAGGGCCCCGACCCGAACGCAGGACCCCAGACCGUCCUCAGAGAGAACAGGCAGAGUGGACUCAAAGAGUUCAGUAUCCAGCAUUACAUGAUGCUCAGCGAGUCCAAUACCCUUCCAUCCAUGACACACAGCGGGUCCAGUUUCCCUCAGUGGAGGAUGCACAGAGAUGUGCAGCUGGUCACUAUCUGGACGGAAGAGGUCAGUUUGCUCGCUGUGUUCCCUGCUCCUGCAACGGCCACUCGAACGAGUGUGAGCAGACCACCGGCCGAUGUCUAAACUGCCAGGAUGACACUGCGGGCGAGCGCUGUGAGCGCUGUAGAGAGGGAUAUUACUCUAAUGCAGCUCAGAGGAAAUGCAGGGAGUGCCAAUGUCCUCUCAGCAAUGGAGCCAACAAUUUUGCAGUGAGCUGCUCUGAAACACGCGGCAGAUUCCAGUGUCUAUGUAAAGAGGGUCACACAGGCGAAAGAUGUGAGCGAUGUUCCUCAGGAUAUUACGGUGAUCCUCUGGUCUACGGUGGGCGCUGUCGUCUGUGCAACUGUGCUGGAAACUUGUGCGACUCUAAGACUGGAGUGUGCAGGAAUUCUCUAGAGCUCCAAGACACAAACACAGAAGAACAGUGUGAAGAGUGUGAUAACUGUGCUCAGACAUUGCUGAGCGAUCUGGAAAAGCUUGAUGUUGAGCUGAGAAGAAUCAAAGAUCAAAUGGAUUCAGACUCUCUCAGACCUUCAUCUAAAGAACAUCUGAGAAAGCUUGAAGACGCCAUAACCGCCACAACGAAUCUGGUGAAUACAUUCAGCUUCACAGUCAACAAUCAGAUGCCUAGAGUUAACCAACUGGAACAAGAUGUGAUCAAUCUGGGCGAUGAUAUGGACAAUCUAAAAGAACAGGUCCAGGAGCGAUCAGACGACUCUCAGAAAGCUCUUGCUAAUGCUGAAAACAGCCACCAAAGGGCAAAAGAUCUGGACACUGAGGCACAGAACCUCCUUGCAAAAAUAAAAGAGCUCCUGAAACAGCUCAUGGACUCCAACAGCAGUGGAGCAGCUCUUCCCUCCGCGGAUUUAGCCAAACUUCUGGAACAGUCCGAGAACAUGGUGAAGGAUAUGGAGAGGCGAAGCUUCACGACACAGAAAGAUGCAGCCAAGAAAGAGCAAGCGGAAGCAAACAAAUUUUUAGAGGAUGUUAAAAACAUCAUAAAGCAAUGCGAUGAGAAUGAAGUGGCAUCCAAGCGUGUUGAUAGCCUGCUGAGCAACUACGAGGCCAAGCUGAAAGAGUUGGAGGAUUUGCUUAAACAGGCGGAUAACACGGUGAAGAAAGCCAGCAAUCAGAAUGACAUCAAUGGUGAAGGCCUUAGAGACAUUCUGAAACGAGUGAAAGAGUUGGAGCGCGAGAGAAACAUUGUUGGGAAUCAGACUGCUCUUGCAGUGAAGCAGCUGAAAGACACCAAGGACCUCCUGAACAUGUUCAACGACAGUAAAACGGAGUACGAACAGCUUGCUGCGCAACUUAGCGAUGCAAAGACUGAACUCAAGGAUAAAGUCCAAGUUAUCUCACAAGCAGCAGCCAAAGAGAAAAUUGUGAAACAGGCAGAAGAACAUGCAGAGAACAUGUACAAACUGGCCAAAGACCUCCAAGAGGCUGUGCAGAAUGUGAGUGGGCGCUCUGGUGUGCAGACCGCUCUCUCCGGGAUAGAGGCGUACAAAAACAUCACAGACGCUGUCAAUGCUGCAGAGGAGGCUGCAAAGAAGGCCAAAGAGGCGGCAGACAAAGCACUCAAUGAUGUCAGUCAAGGGGACUUAAUAAACAGGGCAAAAACUCUGAAAAACAAUGGCACUAACCUACUUAAAGAUGCCAAAAACGCAGCUAAAGAUCUAAAAGGAGCAACCAAAGACCUCAAUAAUCAGAGGGACCGUUUGCAAGACGCUGAGCAGAAAAAGAAAGCACUAGAGAAGGAGCUGCUCACAGCUCAGGAUGGGUUGAGAGGGAUUCAGCGAGAUGACAUUGGUAAGAUCAUCGACGCGGCGAAGAAAGCGGCGGCAGCAGCCAAUCGCAGCACAAGUGACACAAUGGACCAGCUUAAUGACAUCAAAGCGGAAGUUACCAACAUCUCUAUUAGUCCUUCAGUUUCAAAUAUUGACAGUGUUCUCAAUAAUGUGGAAAUGACUGUCAAAAACCUGAGCGGCUCCGUCCCGUCCCUGCUGGAUAAAAUAGAAGAGUUGAAUUCUCAGAUUGGCUCCGGGAACAAUGUGUCUGAAAAUAUCAAUAAGAUAAAGGAACUGAUUGAGCAAGCGCGUGAGGCUGCUAACAGAAUUGUCGUCCCUAUGAAAUUCUCUGGUAAUGGAUAUGUGGAGAUGCGUCCCCCGAGAGAUUUGGAUGACCUGCGGGCAUACACCUCUCUCACCCUUUCCCUCCAGAGACCCGAGAAACCCCCCGUUCGAGGGGACGGCACCAGGCGUCGGCGUCGCCAGACCCAGAAGGGUGAAGAUGAUCUGUUUGUGCUAUACCUCGGGAAAAAAGACGCAUCCGGAGACUUCAUCGGCAUGGCUCUUCGAGAUAAUACCCUGCAUGUCAUUUAUAAGCUCAACGGAGAGGAGUAUGAUGUCGAGACAACCAAGAUCACCGAGUCCUCAUCUAGCCUGGCUUUCUUUGACAAAAUCGACCUUUACAGAAUUUAUCAAGAUGCACAAGUCGUUCACACACAGCAGUUCACAUCCAUCAAUCCGAAGCCUGCGCAGACGAAGGGAAAGCUGGGACAGCUGACGCGUAACCUGCUGGAUCUCAGUCCAGAUAAUGUGGUCUUCUAUGUAGGAGGUUAUCCAGAUGACUUCACACCACCAGUCUCACUCAACUAUGGCAAAUACAAUGGCUGCAUUGAGUUCUCCACCUUUAAUGACAGAUUUGUCAGUCUGUACAACUUUAAGAAUGCGGUUAAUAUCAACACAGAAACCCCUUGCAAGAGACAACUCACACUGUCAGAGUCCGAUUACUUUCAAGGCACUGGUUAUGCCAAAGUCCUGCUUGAAAGAUUCAUCAACAAUCUACUGAUCCAGCAGAAAGUACAAACCCGAGCUAAGGAUGCUCUUUUGCUGUAUUUAGGAGAUGAGAAAGAUGACUUUUACUACACUGUCUCUCUUGAGAGAGGUUACAUUGUUCUACGUGGCCGGGACAAAGAUACUAUUUUUGAGCCCGUCAUAAGUGGAGAUAAACCAAGCCUUUUUCCGGUGAUAGACGUGAAAGUCUACAUUAUUGCAGGGAAAGAGUUUAAGGUCCGAAUAGGGGAGACCGAGGUCAAAAGGACGGAUGUCAUUCCACAAAAGUUCAAGCACUUCUACAUCGGUGGCAUACCUAAUGUUUUGCGUGAGAGAUACAAUAUCACUAUCCCUCCUCUGCAAGGGUGUGUGAAAAUCGGCACUGCUGGUAAUAUAGUGCCAGACGUUCUGGAGAAAGUGGGGAUUGGCAGAGGCUGCUCUGAUGACUUACUGAUGAUCAGGAAAGCUGAGUUCAGCCUAGGCAGUGCAUUGGAGAGACUCCGUGAAGACUUCAGCUUAGACGAUGUGAACCUUUCACUGGGCUUCAAGAGUACAAAACCAGACGGUGUCCUGCUGCAGAACAGCAAAAAUAAUAACAACAUUGAACUUUCCAUGGAGAAAGGAUAUGUGGUCCUGAAAUUCCAAGGCAACAUGUGGAAAUCUACUAAACAGUACCAGGAUGGUGAAUGGCAUUAUCUCACUGUUUUCGGACAGGGUCAACGACUUGAACUUCGUAUUGAUGAAGAGGAUGUUGGACAGAGAGAGAGGGACCCUUCGUCUGGCCGGUAUUCCUCUAGCGUACUCCUGGGCAAGAACACCUUUGAGGGCUGCAUCUCCAACCUUUAUCUUAGGAGACCUGAAUCUCUUUACAGAGCAGAGGACCUGAGUACUUACUCUUCCACCGGAGACGUGCUGUUGAGCUCAUGCAGUGCCACACAAAAUAUGUAGCAGCUCCGAACCAUGGCGCAGCUGUUAGUAGAGACAAAGAGGACCUGACACACACAUUUUACAGGGAGAUAUUUGGAAUCAGCGCUGUUAUUUUGUCAGCACAGUCAAGCUACUUUAACCGUCUACUGCGCUGUUGUUAUUUUCAUAAUUAAAGACAUUUUAAUUGCAUAUCUGUUGUAGUGCUUAAUAUCAUGGUGCCAUAAUUGAUACAAAAAAAAAUGGUAAAAGAAUACAAUUAAAAUGUUGGUAUUGGAAA